ACUGGCAUAAGAACACACCCCUAGGCCCUGAGCCAUGGCUGUGCUAGCUCUCUGCCUCCUGUGGGCCUUAGCAUCAGCAGUGCGACCUGCCCCCGUGGCUCCUCUGGGUGCCCCAGAACCAGCUCAAUAUGAAGAGCUGACCCUGCUCUUUCAUGGGGCUUUACAGCUAGGCCAGGCCCUCAACAGUGUGUACAGAGCCACAGAGGCACGUCUGACAGAAGCUGGGCACAGCCUGGGCCUCUUUGACAGAGCUCUGGGACUCCUGGGAACAGAGGUCAGGCACAGCCGGGAUGCAACACAGGAGCUUCGCACCAGCUUGUCGGAGAUCCAGGUUGAAGAGGACGCUUUACACCUUCGAGCAGAGGCCACAGCCCGAUCGCUGGGGGAGGUGGCCCAGGCCCAGCAAGCUCUGCGGGACGCUGUGCGGAGACUACAGGUCCAGCUGAGGAGUGCCUGGCUGGGCCAAGCCCACCAAGAAUUUGAAACCUUAAAGGCUCGAGCUGAUAAACAGAGCCACCUUGUAUGGGCGCUCACGGGCCACGUGCAGCGACAGCAUCGGGAGAUAGCAGAGCAGCAGGUGUGGCUGCGACAGAUCCAGGAGAGACUUCACACGGCAGCCCUCCCGGCCUGAGACGGCCUGGACGGCAUGAGAACCAAUCGUGCUGCUGGGAACAUUGAAUGUGCUCCGCCAGAGCCCCGAGCAGGGCAGACAGAGCUGGCUGCCCACCGGCUGGGCUUGGUCAGUGCACUCCGAUUCCUGACAGAGCGGAGACAGAAGGGAGCAGGCGGGAUGGCAGGCAGAAGACAGAGUCCCGUGGAAGAGGACUGGAGGAGUACAGGAGUCCCUAUGCCCACACCCCAAUAAAACAGAACAGAGCCUGUC